CAGCCCCCACAAGAUCCCUCACGUAGAACCAAUCAAGCCAACAUGUCCCCCGCCAAAGUCAGCGCCAACGACGUGCCCAUGCACGGCAACGGGUUCUACAGCUCCAACUCGGCCCUGCAGCACUCCGCCAUGCUCAACGCCCUGCCCUUGCUAUCCGCAGCAGCCGCCAAGGCGAAGCAGCACGAGCAAGAGGACAACUCGCGCCCCUUCACGGUCCUUGAAUUCGGCUCCGCCCACGGCAACAACUCCCACACCCCCAUAGCCACAAUCCUCGAAUCCCACGCCCCAGCCCCCUCCCGCGAGAUCCACCUCCAAUUCAACGACCGGCCCGCCAACGACUUCACCACCCUCGCCACCAACCUCACCACCAUGACCUGGCCCGUCAGCAAUGACAUCUUCACCUCCCUCGUCCCGUCCUCCUUCUACGCCCGCGUCACCCCGCAGGCAAGCGUAGACGUGGCCUUCUCCCUCGCCGCCCUGCACCACCUCGACCGCGUCACGCCCGUGCCCCCCUCGGGCCCCAUCCCGACCCACGAGGUCCGCCAAGCCGAGUUCCGCGCGCAGGCGCACGCAGACCUCCUCGCUUUCCUGUCCCACCGCGCAGCGGAGAUCGUCCCGGGGGGCGGACUUGUGCUGAGCUUCGUGGGUCAAGAGAUUGGCCCGAGCGGGGAGGAGAUUACCAACUACGCGGGGCCGGUGGACGCGUGUCGCGACGCGAUGAUCGAGAUGCUGCAGGCGGGUGUUCUGGCGCCGGCGGUGGCGAAUGUGUUCGAGGUGCCGGCUUACAACCGGACCAUGGCGGAUGUGCGGCGCACGCUGGGCGAGAGGGCGGUGUUGGCGGAGUGGGAUGUUGAGGAGGUGUUUGAGAGGAAGGUCGUGCAUCCUGCGAUUGAGGAGUUGACCUCGAGAACCAAGGCCGCGCCCGAGAACGAGGGGGAGCAUGCGGAGUGGUAUGCCAGGACGGUGGUGGAUUGGCUGAUGGCUGUUGUGGCGGGGUAUUUUGUUAAGGCGGUGCGCGAGGGGAUGGGGGUUACUGAUGCUGAGACGGUGGAUGGGUUGUUGGCCGAGUGGGUGGAGCGCACUAGGGUGCGGUUCUUGGAGGGGCAUCGGAACGAGGCGGUUGAGUGCUGGUUUGUUUAUGCGCGGUUGAGUCGCAAGUAGAUGUAGAGGAAGCUGAAAAGAAGGGGGUCCGGGGGUUCUCCCCCGGAACGUGUUUAUUCUACAACUUCUUAGAAUUACGUGUUACCAGGAAGCUGAAAAGAAGGGGGGUCCGGGGGUUCUCCCCCGGAAAGCCUUACUCUGUGUAUCAAUUAGGGUUGAGUUUUACUAGGGAGG